GAAGCAUGUUCUGGCUUAGUUUAGUGCCACUGUUGGCAGUAGUGCUGUGGUUGCUGCACAUCUGGAUGUUGCAGCGGCACCGGUUCGCCAAAGAUUUACCGCGGACGGAACCGUACUAUCCGUUCAUUGGAAAUGGACAUUUAUUUAUCGGGAAGUCACGCGAGAUGAUGUUUAACGCUGCGAUGAAACCCUUUGCCCGAUACCAUCGCUGGUUCCAGCUAUGGCUCGGACCGAAGCUGCUCAUUUGCACGUCCCAUCCAGACCUGAUGCAAUCCGUUCUAACGCAUCCAGAUUGUCUGGACAAACCAUUUCUUUACGAUUUCGUGAAACUCGAGCAUGGGCUCUUUGGAGGUCAUUAUCAUCCGUGGAAAACGCAGCGCAAGGCUCUGAAUCCUUCGUUCAACCUCCGUAUUCUGAACAGUUUCAUACCAGUGUUUGCCAAGUGCACGGAGCAGAUGAUGCAGAACCUCGAAAGUGCCGUCGGCGAGUCCUGUAGCCGAACGUUGUCCAUCCUCCCGAUCAUCGGCAAGUGCACGCUGGAGAUGGUGUGUGAAACCACGAUCGGUUGCGAUGUGUUGGAGCGACCGGGUAAAGAGAAGUUUCUACGCAAUGUGGAUCGAUGUUUUCAGCUAGUUUCCAAGCGAAUGGUGAGUGUGCAUCAAUAUAUAGACCUGGUGUACGGUUUCACAAAGGAUUGUAUAGAAGAAUCGGAGUGCCGAUCGUACGUUUAUAAAUUUUUUCAACCGAUUAUAGACACGGCAACAGCCCAUGUGAAAUCGAUAGUUGACACAGAAGAACAGAAAGACUUUAAAAAGCCUCAAAUAUUCGUCAAUCAGCUACUAUCCGUGACGCACAAUGGCAAUCCGUUUUCUGACGACGAAAUUAGGCACAAUAUUUAUACUUUAAUAAUUGCGGGAAAUGAAACAACGGCCCUGCAGGUGUCGCACACCUGUUUAUAUUUGGCCAUGUUUCCGGAGAUACAGGAAAGGGUCCACCAAGAGGUGUUGGAUGUUCUUCCGGACUCCAAUCACGAGCCAACCCUCGAGGAUCUAAAACAGUUGACGUACAUGGAGCGAGUGUUGAAAGAAAGUCUGAGGCUGGCACCGUCCGGGCCAAACAUAGCACGGCAGACAAUGCGUGACGUAGAAAUCGGGGGACUUCACAUCCCGGCCGGGACCCUUAUUGCGUUGAGCAUCUUCGCCAUGCACCGCCGCAAGGAUAUAUGGGGGCCCGACGCGGAUCAGUUCGAUCCGGAUCGGUUUCUCCCG